GAACCAGCACUGUCUUACUGUCAGAGAGAGAGAGAGAUAAGUCUCCUAAUGGCUUUAAGAACUGGGACUUCAUGUCUGUUCACACAUGGGGAGAGAAUCCAACAGGCACCUGGGUAUUAAGAAUUACUGAUGUGUCCAGAAGAAUACAAAAUGAAGGGAGGAUUGUAAAUUGGAAACUGAUUUUGCAUGGCACAUCUACCCAGCCUGAACACAUGAAGCAGCCACGUGUGUACGCAUCCUACAAUGCUGUGCAAAAUGACAGAAGGGGAGUGGAGAAGAUGACAGACCUUGUAGAGGAUCAUACCACAGCGGACUACCUGAGCGAAAAUCCCAAAGUCACAGAAGGCAGCAGUAGUAGCAGUGCCAAAGCAGAAGAUAAAAUUCCAUCCGAGGCCAUGCUGCACCUGUUGCAAAGUGCUUUUAGCAGGCAGAUGGCUCAGAAGCGCCUGCCCGAGAAGACUGCAAAUGAGAAGUUAAAUAUUCCAUGCGAACAGUUCUACCAAGCCCUCGAAAAGUUAAACAGGCCUUUCCAGCUAAAAGACUCAGAAGAAAGUUUGUACAGUGACUACGUUGAUCUUUUUUACAACGUCAAACCAUACAAGCAUAGAGAUGACAGACUGCUGCAGGCCUUGGUUGAUAUUUUGAAUGAAGGAAACUAA